UUAUUUACAAACAAAGAAAUUCCCAUUAGAACUUUGUGCAUACAAAUAAAUGGAUUUAAUAAAAGAAAUAAAUGAAAAAUAUUUAGCUUUGGAAGCUGAGGUCGAUAAUAAAUUAGAAAAGAUCAAGCGCGAUGAAAUAAAAUUUGAGAAAUGUAAUGCUGUGGCAAUAGAAAAAUUACAAAAAUAUCAAACGGACAAAGUAUUAACAUUUGAAGAGGCUAUGACGAGAAAUGCAAAUCUGUUAAAGUCUUUGGAAAUGACUAAAGCACGUUUACGUUCACGUUCCACUUUUUCUCCAGUUGAACAAAUUUUGGACAAAGCCUUAAGAAACUAUAAAAUGGAUUUGGAACUCACACAAUUUGACGAAAGCGGAAGACGUCAACAUCACACUACCACCGAAAAUAUUUAUGAUACAGUGCCAUAAUAAAAUAAAAAAAACAAUAUAUAUAAUAACAUUCAUAUUGAUAUUUAUUAUAAAAAAAUCAAAAUAUAUGUAUCUAAUAUUACGAGUCCUUAUCAAAUUCUGAGCCGAUUUAGCUAUUCCCGUCUGUCUGUAUAAAACAAAGGAAAAGAAUCAAAUUCCCUGAAAUAUUUGUUUUUGUCUUAGUCAGUUUGGCAUUGAAAACGAGCUAAAUCGGUUCGCAACGUAAAAAGUUAUGAGUAAAAAUUUUGGAC